CAUACAUUAACCCCAUCCCCAUCACAUCUAAAUAUAUUCUUCCCCAAGUCUUAUCACUUACAAAAUAACCCAACCCUUGCAAUUUUAGCUUUAAAACAGAUCUGUUUAGAGCUGGAAGCUUUCUUCAUCAGAAGCAGUGAAAGAAUUGCAGAUCUGUUGUCUGGCUUUGGAUUUCAACUUUGCACUAAUUCUGACUACAAUCAGUGAAGAAAAAGAGGGAAAAAUGAAAUCAAAACAUACCCGUUUUCUUCUCGAUAUUAUAUUAGUUGUUCUAAGCAGUCGACACCUGUAAACAACUUGUGCAUUGUUUCCAAGUUCAAGAGGGUAUAUAUUGGCUGCUGCAAGCAAUUUACAAUGCCUGUUUCAACUUUUGUUAAAGGCUUAUCAACUUUGAAAGAGGGUAGGUUUCUGUUGUGGCUGCCAUUUCUCAGGUUUAUGCUUUUGAAAGCACUGCUGCAUAAAAGAAAAGCUUAAAGGAAAGAGAUAGAGAUAGAGAUAGAGAGAGAGAGAGAGAGAGGAUGGUCUACUGACCUGGACUGUGAUAUGUCAAAGGCCUUUCAUCACACUACAUAAUCCAAAGUACUAUUUUUUGUGUGUAAUAGUAAUCAUCAAGACACAUAGAACAUCUCAAUCCCACCAUUUUUUUUUCUCAUCUGCUUUCUCUUUCUAACAUUUCUUCAAAGGAAAAGAAAAAUCCAGAUUUUCUUUCCUUUUAGCGAGGAAAAGAGGGUAUAAGAAAAGGGGUGGGGGGAGGCUUUUGAGUUGGUUUGUGAGAAAGGAAUGAACUUGUUAUGGAGGUGGAUGAUAUUCAGACACAAGCCUGUAAGUUCUCAACAGCUGGUAAUGAUGGAAGAAAUGGGUCAAGCAAGGUUGAAGACAAUGAAGAUGGAGAUGUCACCAGAAAGGCUGCUGCAAACGGCGGCGGAGUUUUAGCUGAAAGUGGUGGCACUAAUUCACUUAGAGGUUGGAGCAACUCUUCGAGAAUUAUUAGGGUUUCUCGAGCCUUGGGUGGCAAAGAUCGGCACAGCAAGGUUUGGACUUCGAAAGGGUUAAGGGACAGGCGAGUGAGAUUGUCUGUUACUACGGCUAUACAGUUUUAUGACUUGCAAGAUCGAUUGGGUUAUGAUCAGCCUAGUAAAGCUGUGGAGUGGCUGAUUAAAGCAGCUUCUGAUGCAAUUGCUGAGCUUCCUUCACUCAACGCCUCAUUCCCAGACACCUCAAAGCAACUCAGUGAUAAGAAAAGAGCGAGUGAGGGUGUUGAGCAAGGGUUUGACUCGGCUGAAGUUGAGUUAGAUGGUGAUCCGAGUCAUUACCAACACAACCAAACUCAACAACAGCACCUUUCUUUGUCGAAAUCGGCUUGUAGUAGCACGUCCGAGACGAGCAGGAACUCAAGUUUGUCCCUUUCGAGGCCGGGGAUCCGUGCGAACCGAGUCAAGGCUCGGGAACGAGCUAGGGAAAGGGCAGUAAAAGAAAAAGAGGCUCAUCAUCAUCAACAACAAAUCAUGAACCCCAUUCCUCAAAACUCCACCUUUACUGAGUUACUCACCAGUGGCAUUGGCAAUGUCAGCAACAAUAACAACGCCAGUCCUACUUCAGCUUCAGCACAUCAAAACCCCAAUGCUAAUAUGACUGCCAGGGUUUGGCCCGUGACUCAAAUGGAUUAUUUCGCCUCAGGACUCCUUGGACCUUCUUCUUCAAGAGGAAGUCAUCAUCAUUCCUCAGCUUUUCCAGGACAAAUCCAGCUUGUAAACUCUUUGCAACAUCCAAUGGCAACACCACCAGUCACUUUGUCAAGUGAAAACCAUCAAGAGAUGCAUAAUUUCUCGUUUGUUCCGAACCCUGACCAUCUGAUCCCGGUGGCAACAACAACAACGACAACACAACCGGGGCAUGGGGUUGACUACAAUCUCAAUUUCACAAUCUCUUCUUCAUCCGGCCUUGCUGGUUUCAAUAGGGGGACCCUUCAGUCCAAUUCUCCUUUUUUGCCUCAUCACCUCCAGAGGUUUUAUUCUAUAGAUGGGUCAUCACAACCUUUAUAAAUUUGUACACCAGCUGUGGAUAAUCAUCGCCACCACCACCAAUUCCCAGCUUAUUUAGACGGCCGCUUGCAGCUCUGCUAUGGGGAUGGAAACAGGAACUCAGACCAGAAAGGAAAAGGAAAGAACUAAUCAGUUUCCUUGAAAAAGAAGGUUCCCAUUUUAGCCCCCCAAUCUUUUCCCUGG